AUGUAUACUCUUCGGUCAGGUCCUGAGAGCUUCGCGGUGAUUGGCGGGAGCCGAAUCGCCACACGGCACGAUCCUGGCUCUACCUGGAUGCCACACACUGUCAUCAUCGGCUCGAAGCCCCCGUAUACAGUGGUGGGAUCUUUGGUGGAGGUCAUGAGCAUCGUGGCAGAGAAGUUAGGCGUCUGUGUGGAAUACGUGGUGCCGGAAGAUCGGAUUUUCGGCACGAAGUCCGCCAACGGCUCUUGGUCAGGUGUCAUGGGACUGGUGGUGCGGGAGGUGGUUGACAUGACCGGGACAGUUCUUUCCCAAGAAGCCGGGAGGUCGGAGGCCGUGGAUUUCAGUGUCCCCCUUUACAUGGACGCCCAAAGAAUCAUCUACAAAAGUCCUGUUCUGACAUCUGACAUUGCUGGGUUCAUUAAACCCUAUUCAGGUUUGAUGUGGAGUCUGCUGGCCGCGUCGACGGUCCUCCUGAUCACCGGGAUUUUCCUCGUGCAAUCCAUCCACACCAAAGCCACAAGAGGACGCCGGAAUGUGGAACCGAUCGGUGAUUUUGGUACUGUUUGGCAAUCUUGCCAAUGGAUUCUGGGAGCUGCACUUGCACAGUCAAUGGUGCAGGUUCCUAGCGGCACAGCGGUGCGCGUCCUGUGGGGCAUAUGGCUUCUGGCGGCGCUCAUCGUCGGCUCAGUCUACCGCUCCAACCUGAAGGCCAUGUUGAUCCUGCCCAAGCUGCGCUUGCCCUUUGACAACCUGCACGAGCUCACACAGACGGACAUUCCUUGCUUUGUACCUGCUGGGAGCGCCCUUAUGCAUAUCAUUCUGAGUGCUCCACCCGGAUCGCAACUGCACAAAUUGCACAAGCAACUUCGUAUCUCAAAUAACGUUGAGAAGGUGGUACAGGGUAUCAUGGACGGAAAGUUCGCCGUCUUCAGCAGUGAACAUAUACUAAACUUUGUCAUUCAUCUGACUUUCUCGCGUACACAAUCCUGCCCUCUAUACUAUGCUUCUGAAACCUUCUUUGGCGCAACAAGCCUCAGCCUCGCUUUCCCCAAGGGUUCUCCUCUGAAGAAGAAGAUUGACCCCAUCCUCUAUAAUUUGCAAGAGUUUGGCAUCUUGAACAAGCUCUAUAAGGACGGCGUGCAAAACCUAAGGGAGUGUCUUAAACCGGCGUCGUCCAAUUCACUGCGGUCAUUUGACCUUAUCGACUUCUAUGGCAUUUUCUGUGUCUAUUUGGGAGAGGAUGAAACGUCCUACGUGGUUCGGGCUGCCUUCGCUUCACCAGACAGUUUAAGUCCUUUUACUACUGUUGUGGAUGCAGUUAUUAGCAGGGGACAAAUGAUUGGGAAUAUUCCUUUGUCUUGGAGGCUUUUAGCAGAGAACUCAUUAAGCAAGCCGGAAUAUGUUGGUCUCAAUACUGAGAACGAGAAUGAUAUUAAUAUCAAUAAUGACAAAACUAUUAGUAGCAAUAGUGAAAACAAGGAGACAACUGAAUCAGAGCAUUGCAAAUACAAAUCCUUCAAAUGGCUUGAUAUCAAGUGA